AUGCCGAUGCUUAAAGAUCCCUCCAAAAAGUACAAGCCAUUCAAACCCGUGAACUUGCCCAACCGCCAAUGGCCCAACAAGACCAUCGACAAGGCACCCCGAUGGUUGGCCACCGAUCUUCGCGAUGGCAACCAAAGUCUCCCUGAUCCAAUGGACGGCGAGCAAAAACUUAAGUUCUUCAAGAUGUUGGUGGAUAUUGGCUACAAGGAAAUCGAAGUUUCAUUCCCUGCCGCGUCACAAAUCGAUUUCGACUUCACCCGCCGCCUCGUCGAAGAGCCCGGCCUCACACCUGAUGAUGUCUGGCUCCAAGUCCUCGCUCCCUGCCGUGAGGAUCUGAUCCGCCGCACUGUCGACUCUCUCACUGGUGCCAAGAAGGCCAUCCUGCACAUCUACCUCGCCACAAGCCCAUGUUUCCGCCAAAUCGUUUUCAACAUGGACAAGAAGCAAAGUUUGGAGAAGGCCGUUGAAUGUGCCAAGUACGCGCGCUCAAUCACUAAGGAUGACCCCGCCCAAGCCGGCACAGAAUGGCAAUUCGAGUUCUCCCCAGAGACAUUCUCCGAUACCGAACCUGAUUUCGCGAUUGAGGUCUGCGAGGCUGUCAAGGCUGCUUGGGAACCUACCGUCGAGAAUCCUAUUAUCUUCAACUUGCCCGCCACAGUAGAAAUGUCCACACCCAAUGUCUACGCUGAUCAGAUCGAGUACUUCUGCAAUCGUAUGACUGAGCGUGAGAAGUUUGUUGUUUCGCUCCACCCUCACAAUGACCGUGGUUGUGCUAUCGCCGCUGCUGAGUUGGCACAGAUGGCUGGUGCCCAGCGUGUUGAGGGUACUCUUUUCGGUAACGGCGAGCGCACUGGAAACGUUGACUUGGUCACCCUUGCUCUUAAUCUUUAUACACAAGGUGUCUCGCCUAAUGUCGACUUCUCCGAUAUUUGCUCUGUUAUUCAGGUUGUGGAGGAGAGUAAUAAGAUUCCCGUCAACGAGCGUUGGCCAUAUGGAGGAUUGCUCGUCACAUCAGCAUUCUCUGGAAGUCACCAAGACGCCGUUCUCAAGGGAUUCAAGCUCCGCGAGUCUUCCAAUGCCACCGACGAUGACGAGUGGAGAAUGCCCUACCUUCCCCUCGAUCCCCAAGACAUCGGACGAACAUACGAGGCCGUUAUCCGUGUCAACUCACAAAGUGGCAAGGGUGGUGCCGCCUGGGUCAUUCUGCGCAGCCUGGAGCUGGAUCUCCCCCGCGCUUUGCAGAUCGAGUUCAGCAAGCUCGUCCAACAAGCGACUGAGGACGCUAACCGCGAACUGCGUCCUGCCGAGGUUGUCCACCUCUUCGAAGAGUCUUACCACCUGAAGUCGAACCCCCGCUUCAACCUCAUCGACUACAGCAUCACCACCGAUCGCUCGCAGUCACCUGCUCCCCCAGAGCCUGGCAAGGCCCUUAACACCAAGAACCUUAAGCGUCGCUUCACUGGUGUCAUUGAAAUCGACAAUGUACAGCACGCGAUUACCGGUACGGGUACUGGUGCCCUGUCAUCUCUUGCUGCAGCUCUCGCUACCCUCGGCAUCGACUUGGAUGUCAUCGAUUACAAGGAGCAUUCUAUUGGCGGUCGUGACUCUAAUGGUCUCGGUCGUGACGUGAAGGCUGCCACAUAUAUCCACUGCUCGGCUGCCGGCAGCAAGGACAAGGUUUGGGGUGUUGGCAUCCACGCUGAUGUGGUUCAAGCCUCGCUCAUUGCGAUGCUGAGCGCUGCCAGCUCGUUCCUUGCCUCACAGUCCGGAUCGCCGGCUCCGUUCCGCCCUAUUCGUUCCAACACUCUCACCAUCGAUGAUAUCCAGGCUCUCGAACAGUUGACCGGCAACUCCGACGCAGUUGCUGCCACCGGUGGUCUCACCAACAAGGUUAACAUCGACCUGCUCACAAAGCAAGCCGAGGCCUAA